AUGACUGGAAUUUAUGAGCAUACUAAAGUGGCAAAAAGGUCAAACGUGGGAUUUGGUGUGAAGAUUAUGUGCUCAGAAUGGGGAUCCUUGGUUACUGAACGUGCCAUUGGCCUUCUGAGAAGCUUCAAUUCUAUAAAGGGACAGACACCUAUACAAUUGAAGAAAUAUCUCAGAUGGUGUCCACCUCCAAAUGAGUACUUGAAACUCAAUAUUGAUGGGGCCAUGUUUUGUGACCUUAAGAAGGUUGGAAUUGGGAUGAUUUUAAGCAAUGAAAAUGGUGAAGUGCUUAUGGCAGCAAGUAAGGUUGAAAAUGAAGGGGACAACCCUGAAAUUAUUGAACUCCUGGCUGUGUUUCAAGGGAUGCAGAUGCGUGUUGGUAGGUUUGUCAUGAAUCUCAUUGUGGAAUCCUACUAUUUACUGCUUGUUGAUUCUUUGAACAAGAAUGAUAUGCUUGAUUUUGAACUUGGAGCUCUUUAUGGUGAAGUUAUGAGACGAAAAACUUGUUUUGCUUCUUGUUCUUUUACACAUGUAUUUAGGGAGGGUAAUUUGGUAGCACAUAGUCUUGCACGAUAUACUUGGAAUGUUGAGAAUAUUGAGAUAUGGGAAGAUUGUAUUCCAAACUUUCUUUCUCAAGCCCUUUGGCCUGAUAAAUGUCUGUAA